UCGACUGAUAAGAAAAUCAAAUUGUAAUGUAUGAUAUUUGGAAUGUUCAUUCAUGUCUAAUAUGGCCAUUGGCGUUAAAUCGAACGUGUGUAAUUUUGUGCACUAAGUUUUAAAUAAAUAAACAAGUACUCAGUAAUCACAUUAUUAUAUGAAAUUGAUAAAUUUUUGCGAGGGUACUUUAUGUAAGGCUAUAAUCAUUGUCUUUUUUUAAAGAUUUAAGCAUUGUCUUUAAUAUAAUAUUAUUCACAAUAGUUUACGUCAAAUCAUACCCUAAUAUGCGGCAUUAGUAUCAUCAAAUUGGGCGAACAGAAGAUAAAAUUAUAAAGAUGGCGUCUUACAUACCAAUCACAUUAGUGGGUAACACCCUAGGCGAGCGCCAUCGGUAUCUCAACUCAUUGGUGAACGAUGCUUACCAGAAGAAAGUGCCCUUUCAGUCCAUACUGGACACUCCAGAACAUUCAGCCGUGGAUCGUCUGUUUAAGAUAGACAUCGCAUCAAAACUUCGUUAUACUGAGUACAUUCUAUCUAAUCUUAAAGACGAUGACAUGCUCUAUGUCAGCAGGGCUCUACGAAGCUCCUGGCUUUUGGAACCGCAGUAUAACGACGUCAUAAACCCUGCUUAUUUAGAUAAAGUGCUGCAUCCAGAGAUGACUACAACAGCUGUGAACAAAAUGAACAACUGGCUGCAUGUUCAUUUAAAGGACCCCAGUAGGUGUCUUGAAUUUUUUCAAUAUUAUUCCGAGAAAAACUUUGAUUUAGCCUUGAAAUUCCUUUGGAAUUGUCCUGAAGAUGUGAUUGCCGACGCAAUAGCGAGAGCGUUUAAAAAAAUAACGCCAAAACGUUUGAAGUUACUCAGUGAAAAGUGUCCGCGAGCUGUGCGCAAAUAUUAUUAUGAAUUUAUGCCAACUAAAAAAGAUAUCAGCUAUUUUGAUUGGAAUAAAGAAAGUCAAUACUACAGCAGUAUUACAAAUCUAAUCAAUACAGAUCCCGACUUGCUUUUAGACAUUGCAGAAAAAUAUUACAACUCUAAUCGAUGUAGCCCUUUCAGUUCUAGGAUUACACAUGUGAUCAUGAACAAUCAUAAGGACCGAUAUGAUAAGAAACCUGAACUGUAUGCGGCUUGGCUCCUACACACACCAACGUUAGCUAAGUGUUUGAAUAAUGACGAAAUUAAAGAUAUUGUUUUAAGACUAGCCAGAGCUGAGUAUCUUGGAACAAAUUUCUUUUCAUACAAGUGCGUGGAACCUUUUAUCCAACGACUUAGUCAUAAUGAACGAGAAUCCUUUAAAAAAUUGGUAUUUGUUGAUAAGUGUAUCGGCGACAAAGUAAAAGACUGGCCGUACACACCUCCCUCAUCGCCAUAUUCAGAAAGGUUCUUCGAACGACACGUUUUUGAGGACAUUAAAUAUCAAAUGCUUGGCAGAUAUCAUUACCAAAACGAAUCGAUUAUAAGAUGCGGGAUGAUGAAUUGUAUUUUAAAGAAACGUAGUAAGCGGUGUAUGUACCAAGAGGAAACGCUUUUAGACAAGCUUUUCAAUAAAUAUAGGUUCAUCAACUUUAAAGACACAUUUAUUGAGCUAAGUAAGUUAAUAUCAGCUGAGAGUUUGGUCCAGACACGACAGUACAUGAUGCUGGUAUUAGUUAGCAAAACAGGCGGAAUUGAAGACAACGUGAGGGGUCUUUUGAAACUACUGGUUUCGAGGCACAAUAAUGAAGCUGAAAAUUUUCGUGCAACUAUCGUACGAAGUUUGGUGAAGCGAGCUAAGGCAUGGCAGUUGCCAGACGAUCUCUGGCAGCUACUUCUGAAAUUCGCUCGCGGACUCGGCUUAGACGGCAAGAAAUCUGAUGAAAAAUGUUUUGAAGGUUUGCACGCUGUCGUGCUGAGAUCUAUUCUGUUAACAGAAGAAUGCUCUCCUAAUAUUUUUUCUGCAUAUCUCGACCAGUUCUCAACUUUUGCUGAAUACAACUUAAAUGAAGAGGAGAAACGUAAAGUGUCUUAUAAGCUACCAACUAUGCUUCUAGCGUCCGCGCAGGAACAAGAUAAUACUAAUGAAGCGGUUAGAAGACUGGAAGCGGCUAUGAAAGUAUUUAAUGAUUAUAGUUUGAAGAUCAAAGACUAUCCUGAAACAGUUCCAGUUAUUUCAAUGUGUGCUCGUAAAGAUCCUGAAGCUUGCGUCGGCCUGUUGAGGAAGUUGUAUGACGCCCGAAUUGCAAGAAAAGAUUUGUUCCUAGAAAACUUCACAUUCUUGCAAAAUAAUUGGUGUUACUUAAAUGUUCUGCGUCAUGAUGCUAAAUUAUUAAUGCAAAAAGAUAAAUUUGAAAAAGUAAUGAGCGAAAAACUUGAACACGACCAAUUCCUUCGUAAAUUAGCAAUAUACUUCUCGGAAAAUCACGGUUUAGCUAACGAAUAUCUGAGUAAAAUAGAAAAAGAAAUGGCGACAAAUCCUCGUGCAGAUCUGGUUCGGUCUUUCGCGAUACUAGCUGGAUCCUCUCUUUUUAAAAAACUACAAGAAGUUGACCGAGUUAGUGAAGUUGUUAAGAAUACUGCUGAAUACAAACGUUUGGUUACCUUGAGGACCUACGGUCAUUUAGCUAGACCGAAAUUAGAUUUAUUUGCUUUAGGAUGGCAUAAAGCUGGUGUGAAAGCAGUAGCGAAUCAAAUAUCUAUUUGUAGUGCUAAGAAAAUUGAAGAAUACAUGCGAUUGCUUAAGGAUUGGCGACGUGCACCUAGACUCACAUUUUUGUUAUCAGAGAGAAUUGGCAAGGAAGUAGAAAUUCUUGCAUUGAUUGCAAGCGUGCGGCCUACCGUUGCAAUCAAGCUUACUUUCCGACAUUUGAAACAGCAGGGUGAGCAAUUUAAUCCUAAAAUCUGGGUAAUAGGAAAGGCUACUUUGGAAAAAAGUGAUCUAUCGCAUCCGAAAUACUUGCAUCUAAGAGACACGCUCUCGAGACUAAGUGAUGUACCAGAAAGUCUCAGAGCAGAUUAUUGCGCAACUUUGUAUAGAGUUAUGCAAAAAGUCUCCCAAGAAGAAGGAACGCGGAUUUUGGUUGAAAUAGAAGAUUAUUUAUCAAAAGCAGAUGAAAAAUUCGUCAGUGAUGUUAUAGUUGAAUUCCUAGAUAGCGAAAUGACCUUUGAAAAGUCUCAAACAUCCGAAUACCAGGAUAAUGUUCGUUCAUGUCUAAUGUUACGAAUGAUUGCAAGGUAUUUAAUGCUAUGCAAAACUGAAGAGAUUCAAAAGCAAAGAAUGGACACUUUAGGUAAGCCAUUUUUGAGCCACAUGAAGACAUUCUUUGGCAAAACAGUAGACACGGUUUCAAAAUAUAAGGUUUUAAAAUUUUGGAACAACUUCAUGUUUAACUUAAAAUGCACAGAUGUGUUUAUGGAUACUUCGUAUGUUUCGUCUUUGCCAGUGUUGCAGCUUAUUGUAGAAUGGCUCAAGGAAUCUAUAUCCAUCGUUGAACAUAUUGAUAUUUACAUUACAAUGCAUCUUAUUAUGUUGUAUUUCAAAGCGAUCAGGCAAAGUGUGAAACAGAAUCCAGUAAUUUUCGCCAAUAAAGAGGAGAGAAACAAAUUGGGAGUGGAAAUAGUUGGUGUAAUAUUUGGAAAGUACAUAGCUCAUGAAAUAGUACAGUUGAAAACAGAAUAUUUUGAGUCUAUUGUAGAAAUUUACGCCAAAACGCUGAAUAAUUAUUUAUCAGUCGCUUUCAAUUGUUAUAAUAGCAAGUGGUCUUUUGUGUCGGCUUUAAUAAGAGGAAUGUUGGAAGAACAUGAUGGUACGUCUCAGCUUUUAGCUGAAAAGUUAUACAACAUGAAUAGGUGUUUCAUAAAGGAUAUAAAAGGUGAUAAGACUUUAAGUAUUUUGAAAGGCAUAGAGGAUACACAGUUGAAAUUCUUUUUGAAUGCCGAUUUGCAAGAAAUUUUCGUUGACUGAAAAAAAAUAAUGGCCAUGCACCUAAAUAAGUAUAAACCUAUUAUUUUAGAAUCCGUGACAAAAAAUAAUGUUAUGACAUUUAUAGGCCGAUGCCUAUAAAUGUAUCGCAUUAUAAUUUAUGUUAAUGUUUAUCUGUGGUAGUUGCCUACAUUGAGUUACCUAUCAAAAGUAAUAUAUCCUUUUAAUUGUUCAGUUUUACGCAGUUUUGUGAUGAAAAUCGAACCUUUAGGUGUAAGUAUUGUAACUUAUGCAGUAAGAAUAGAUCGUAUGAAGUCUUCUUUGGAAGAAAAAAAAAGUAAAUACGCUGUUAGAAUAAUAAUAAUUAUAUUACUUAAGCACUUUGCACUUGCGGCUUCUUCUUGCAAUACUCGAACCGAAUACAUUCGGCACCAAAUUUCGGAUACAAAUAGUGGGAAAAAUGCCUAAUACGGUAUGAAUACCGAAUACUAAUCGAAUAUUCGGUGCAUUUCUAAUAUAGAUGUAUUAAUUGCUUAUCUUUUUCAUUACUAAGACAAACAGGAUAUAAGAUGCGUUGCCUUUGAGAGAGGCUCCACUAGUCCGUUGCGCUCCGUUAACGGAUCAACUAAAUAUUGUUGUAGUGUCAAUGUAAAAUUUUGGAGCGGUAACGCUCUGCGUCGGCGCAACAGAAUAGUGAUGCUAUUCACUAAGUUAAAUGAUACAAUAAUAAACUUUUUACGCAACAUUUUAUUACAAGAUAACUUACAUCAAGCUGUUAAAUUAAUAACAAAAUAAUACAACGUAUAAUAAGUGCGUAGACGACGACAAUAGCCAUGUUUGGAAGCAUUACCUUUUUACCUUUAAUUUUAGUUUUCGUUAUUAGUCGAUUCUUUAACUAGAUACCGUCAUUAUGAAAUAAUCGAUGCUUUUGUGAAUAAAAAAGAAAUGCUUAAAAUCAACAAAGUUUAAAUUUUGAACUUCCAGUUGAAAAAUUUACAUCGAGAAAAAAAUAUUAGUUCUAAAACUAAAUGCUAUUUUGUAGCUGUACAAUUGAGAGCAAAUAAACCCUACUUAACUUUCUACCAGGAGUGGGUCAGGUAUAUCUGCCUCCGAUUGUACUUACAGACAAAAUUAUCAUCUCAGUUUUUAUAUUUAUUCACGGUAUUUAUUAAAAGCAUAUUUUUAUAUUCUUAUUUUUUUAAGAUGUUUUUUAAAAUGCUUUGUAAUGUUUAUGUAAUGAUGUUCGCUGCUAUUUUUGUGUUGUUAUAAAGAUUUAUAUACUUUGCAAUAUAUAUGUGUUUUAUUUCAUGUGAAAUGCGAAAUCUAUUUAUGAAUUUCACUCGAAAUAAAUGCGAAUAAAUUAAAAUCGUAUGUUUUAAAAAAAUAUUCUAUUACAAUUACACAAUUUUGAAUCACUGUUUCAAUCACGCUUGUAAAAAUAACACGAAUUCAGAAUUUUUAAAUGAGUGGUAUAUAAAAAUGGACUCGUUACUAAAAAUCAAAAUACAACGUGCACGGUUCAAUUUCUACAAAAAUAAAGCCAUUUUAAACAUCAAUUUCAAAAGUUCAACUAUUUUUUGCCGAGUAAAGACGUAAGACUUUGAUCAAUAUUUUUACUCUUUAUUAACCGUUAUGUGCUGAUAUAUAAAUGAGAAAAAGUAACAUUUCCAUAGAAUCUGUAAAUCUGUACAUUUAAAAUGCCAUGGCUUACGAAAACUGUCUACAUUCACAGUGGACUAGACGGUUAGCGAUAUUUCUGUCAAAUGUAUUACAUAAUAUAAAGAAAUAUUAUUAUUAUAAGUUCUUGAUCUAUUUUCCCGCUCAUGUGGGGUCGGCAUAGUAUGUUCACUCCAUAUAUUACACAAUAUUUCAUAAUAACUUAUAGGAACCUACAUACUACAAACUUAGUGAGCAGUUCGAAUAUAUUUCAAACAAGCAUUUUUUAAACAUUUUUGUCUUUGAAACGUCUAUAACGAUUUAGACAAUAAUUUACUAUCAAAAUAGGUUAUUUUUAACUAUAAGUAAAAUAGGAAUUUUUCAAAAUCUCGAAAUCAAUCAUACAUAAUUUGUUCGUUUUAACAUAAUUAACAAAUUACAUUCAAAUUUUAAAUGGAAACGAAAAUUAUUAUAUCACAAAGGAAAUUGAAAUAUUGACUCAAAACAAAAUUUCAUGUGUAGCUUUCAAGCACACGCUUGACAAAAUAUAUACAGUCAUCUCUCAUACUGGAUACGA